CGCCCAUUCUGUCAUCACGCAGCAGCGGCUUGACUUCUCUCGUGGCAAGCACAAAUUCUAGUUAACGGAGCACAGAGCCUUCCUUAACGACGUUUCCUUUUAGAUGACAGCUGCUUCAGGUUAACUAUGACUCGAAGGUGAUCUUCAGCGUGUCCCGGUGGUUCUGGGGUUCCAGGUUGGUGCAGUGAGAGAGGUAAACUGUGAGGAAGAGGACCGCCUGGGGCAUUGUGUCCCUGGCUCUUAAGUUCCAACUUAGGGGGUCUUGGCAACCUGUUCUGCAGCAUGAAGGAAGAUCUGAAAAUCCUAAACAAGGGGGAGGAUGAUGAGAUGGAAUUGCAAGGGUACCGCUUGUGCUGGUGGCGGCUGGCACUCGUAGGCCUUGGUGUGCUGUGUACAGGGGGCUUUCUUCUUUUGCUGCUCUACUGGAUGCCGGAGUGGUGCGUCAAAUCCACCUGCACCCGUACCAUGGUCCAUGACGCUGAAGUGGUGUUGUUGCGCUCAACGGAUGAAUUCCGGCGCUGGUUCUUGGCCAAGGUGCGAGUGAUGCUGGCCCCAGGGAGCAACCCCUUCUACAGCCUGGAGACCCAGACCACCUCCCUUUCCUCCCAUUCAUCUCCCUCCUGUCCCUUCCCCAUCCAGUUCUCCUCCUCCCUCGCCAACGGACACCCCCCUCACCCUUCCGAUGGCACCCCUGCUCAGGAGCUCAUUAAAAGAUACGCAGACUACCAGCCCACACAGAUUCGCUAUUUUACCUUCCAUAGCACAAGGUAUUACUGGAACAAUGAAGUGCAGAACUUUGAAGUUUUAACCGGUCUGGAGGAUUUGCAGGUCAAUGCAUCCACCCUCCACUUCGAGCACAGUGCAGGUCUGACCAAGCGCCAGCAGGAAUAUAGGAGACUGUUCUUUGGAGUGAAUAAAAUAGAGGUGAAAGUGCCUUCUCUGUUCAAGCUGCUUAUCAAAGAGGUCCUCAAUCCUUUUUACAUCUUCCAGCUCUUCAGUGUAAUCCUGUGGGCUGUCGAUGAGUAUUACUACUAUGCUAUGGCCAUCGUUUUCAUGUCUGUCAUAUCCAUAGCUACCUCUCUAUACACCAUCAAAAAGCAAUUCAUCAUGCUUCAUGAUAUGGUGGCAGCUCACAGUAUUGUCCGUGUAUCUGUAUGCCGAGCCAACAAUGAUAUCGACGAGAUUAUGUCGACCGAUCUUGUGCCCGGUGAUGUGAUGGUCAUCCCAGGCAAUGGGACCAUUAUGCCUUGUGAUGCUGUUCUGGUCAGCGGCACCUGUAUUGUCAAUGAAAGCAUGUUGACAGGUGAGAGUGUUCCGGUGACUAAGACCAACAUCCCAAACCCAGGGCCAGAGGAUGUGGACGAGGCUGAAUGUGCCUACAACACAGAGGACCAUAAAAGACACACACUCUUCUGUGGCACCACCAUCAUCCAGACUCGCUUCUACACGGGUGAAUUAGUGAAAGCUGUGGUGGUCCGUACAGGUUUCAGCACAGCUAAAGGCCAGCUUGUGCGUUCCAUACUUUACCCCAAACCCACCGACUUCAAGCUGUACCGCGAUGCCUAUCUCUUUCUGCUGUGUCUGGUCGCUGUGGCUGGCAUUGGGUUUAUCUACUCCCUCACCCUCAGCAUCAUGCACAAGGUUGAAGCUAAGACCAUCAUCAUUGAGUCUCUAGACAUCAUCACCAUCACUGUGCCACCGGCUCUGCCAGCCGCCAUGACUGCUGGCAUUGUGUAUGCCCAGCGGCGUCUAAAACACAUUGGCAUUUUCUGCAUCAGUCCACAGAGGAUCAAUAUCUGUGGACAGAUUAAUCUGGUCUGCUUUGACAAGACUGGAACACUGACAGAAGAUGGGUUAGAUCUUUGGGGUGUGCAGAGAUCUGAGAAGGGAAGGUUCCACAUGUCUGAGGAAAGUGCCUACAAAGAGAGUCUUGUCAAGUCACACUUUGUGGCCUGUAUGGCCACAUGCCACUCUCUUACCAAAAUAGAGGGCCAGCUGUCUGGCGAUCCUCUGGACCUCAAAAUGUUUGAGGCUACAGGCUGGGUCCUGGAAGAGGCCACUGAGGAGGAAACAUCACUCCAUAACCAUAUCAUGCCCACUGUAGUUCGACCCCCAAAGCACCUUUUACCCUCAGAGUCUCCUGUGUCUCCUGAACUGGACAUGGAACUCUAUGAAUUGUCGUCAACAUAUGAGAUAGGUGUUGUGCGCCAGUUUCCCUUUUCUUCAGCCCUCCAGAGGAUGUGUGUAGUUGUCCGCAUCCUUGGUGAAAAACGUAUGGAUGCCUACAUGAAGGGGGCACCAGAAGUGGUGGCUAGUCUUUGCAAGAAAGAGGCAGUACCAGUAAAUUUUGCAGAGGUUUUAGAGGAAUACACUAAGCAGGGUUUCAGAGUGAUUGCUGUCGCCCAUCGCCGUCUUGAAUCCAAACUCUCCUGGCACAAAGUCCAAAACAUCAGCAGGGAUCACAUAGAGUCAAACAUGGAGUUUCUGGGUCUAAUCAUCAUGCAGAACAAACUGAAGGCAGAAACAUCAGGAGUGUUGCAGGACCUCCAUCGAGCCAAUAUCCGUACAGUCAUGGUGACAGGUGACAACAUGUUGACGGCUAUCUCAGUAGCUCGGGAUUGUGGGAUGAUCCCUCCUGAUGACACGGUUAUCAUCGCUGAUGCGAUUCCUCCUCAUGAUGGUCAGGCUGCCAAGAUCACCUGGAGAUAUGCUGACAAGCCAUGCAAGAUGCCUCAGCGGGUGGAAGUGAACAUCAGCGUGGAGGAUGAGUGCCACAUUGAUGAGCCCAAAACACGGGAUCUGUUCCACUUUGCAAUGAACGGCAAAUCUUUUGCUGUCAUUGCUGAGCAUUUCCCCGACAUGCUUCAAAAGUUGGUGUUGCAUGGGACCGUGUUUGCCAGAAUGGCCCCAGACCAGAAAACUCAGCUCAUUGAGGCGUUGCAGGGUGUAGAUUAUUUUGUGGGGAUGUGCGGAGAUGGAGCAAAUGACUGUGGGGCUCUGAAGAGGGCUCAUGGUGGAAUCUCUCUGUCAGAACUGGAGGCUUCAGUUGCCUCACCUUUCACUUCCAGGACUCCUAAUAUUUCCUGUGUUCCAAGUCUUAUCAGGGAAGGCCGCGCUGCUCUCAUUACCUCCUUCUGCGUGUUCAAGUUCAUGGCCCUCUACAGCAUCAUUCAGUACAUCAGCGUCACUCUUCUCUACUCUGUUCUCAGUAAUCUUGGCGACUUCCAAUUCCUUUUUGUUGACAUGGCCAUCAUACUCGUUAUUGUCUUCACCAUGAGUCUGAACCCAGCGUGGAAAGAGUUGGUGUCACGGCGCCCCCCAUCUGGUCUGAUCUCUGCACAGCUGCUGUUCUCUGUGCUAACACAGAUCCUCAUUUGCCUGGGCUUCCAGACAUUUGCAUUUCUUUGGGUCCAAAAGCAGCCUUGGUAUGAGGUCUGGACACCUCUUUCCAAUGCCUGCAACGUGUCAGUGCAUGAAGACAAGUUUGACAACACCACAGAAGAGGAUGAGCACAACAUCAAAAACUAUGAGAACACCAGUAUAUUCUAUGUCUCUUCCUUCCAGUAUCUUAUUGUUGCUAUUGUCUUCUCAAAAGGCAAACCUUUCAGGCAGCCGAGCUACAAGAACUGGCCCUUUACGCUGACUGCAUUGAGCUUGUAUUUUUUCUUGCUGUUCAUCAUGUUCCACCCAGUCAGCGGCAUUGAUAGUUUUCUGGAGAUUGUUUGCAUCCCAAUUCAGUGGAGGGUAAAACUGCUCUUGAUUAUCAUAGUCAAUGCCGCCGUGUCUGUUUUGGUGGAGACCUUCAUCAUUGACAUCGUCUUGUGGAAGCUUGUGUUCAGCCGAGACAAACACAGCAGCUUUGCCAUCACUGCUGCGUCCCCGACACCACAGAGCGCCGUUGAUCUGCGUGGAGGCAAGUAUCUGUCCAGGCUGUGUCCACGUAAGGUGACACCCAAGGCUCGCUACAUGCACCUUGCUCAAGAGCUCAGUGUGGACCCAGACUGGCCACCCAAGCCCACUACCAUGACUGAAGCCAAACCCUGCCCAGAAAAUGGGCCCAGUUAUAAUAUGAUAAACUCCUAGCAACCUUAUGUAUACUCCCAGCUUUUAAUAGCUAUUUUAUGUUUGUAAUGGGACUCUAAAGAAUGCAUUUGAUCCAUUGAGCUUAUCUUUCUUGUAGUUUACAAUCAGUCUUUCAUGUUACAGUUCCAUGGGUAGGCUUGCACAGAUUUACAAUUGUCAUUUAAGACUUGAGAUUAAUUCUCUUUGCUUGGUCACUGUUUGACUUACACAUGUGCUACAGUUUAUCUCAACUUU